AUGCCACUAUUAAAUGCCUUCAUCAAUUCAAUUGUCUGCGUUGGUUUCAAUUCUGAACAUGGUUUUACUCCUGAACGACAGUUAGAUGAGGAUCCGUCUCUCCUCACAUCAAAAUUAAAACCAUACGUCUUAGCAAUUCUUACUGCUGAUCAAGCCAUCUAUCCUCAAUUGAAAGGUACUGAUGUCAUAGAUCAGUUCUAUCCAUCGGUAUGCUAUACACCAUCGUCGACAAUCCCGAGAUCGCAAAAGAAACCGACUAUACCUGUCGCGUAUAAGGACCUACCCGUUUUCUGUUCGCCGGAUGGUGUCAAAUUAUCCUAUGAACCAGUUCAAAGUCGAAUCCAUCAUAUCGUUUUUACACAAGAAGAUGGUAAACGUAGUUAUGUUGUUGUUUUGACAUUUUCGGAAAAGUUUAUCCUCAAAACUGAUAAACCAGACGAUGAUGGACGAUAUCACAUCGAAUCAUUUUCGACAAAAAAAUCGAAAAGAAAAAUACCAUCGUCCUAUCCCGGUAAUACCGCUGUACCUCAAAAAAGUACGGCAUCAACCGGCGGUUCUCGUAUGCGAGAACGUUCAAACUCCAAUGCAUCCAAUCGUGUAUCAACAACGAUUUUCAAUGCACACGAACCAUUCUAUUUACCUCAUUGUCUCGUUCUUGUUUCUUCUCAUCCAUAUUGGAGAGCAAUGCAAGAAACAAUUUCUAUCAUCCAUGACGAAAUAAUUCACUCAAAUAUUGAACCCAGUUCAAAUACAUACAGACAACUCAUACAAAAAUACGCUUUUCUCGUUUGUCAUACACCGAUACCACCUGCAUCAUGGGAACAUUUUUCACUUCCAUUGACAGUGACAAAUAAAGACUAUGUGCUAACAUUAGAUCCACCAUUGAAUCCCAAUCGUCCAGUCCUUGAUAUUGACCUAUCUUUACUUUUGUUAACACUCAACAUAGGCAAAUUACUCGAUGUACUAUCAGCUAUAUUAACUCAACAACCAAUUAUUUUCUUCAGUUCAGAUUAUUCAAAAUUAGUAGCAGCACUUGAAUGCCUUCUGUAUCUAAUAUACCCGUUUAAAUGGAUACAUAUCUACGUUCCAAUCGUCCCAGAUGGUUUAUCUGACUACUAUCUCGAAGGUCCACCCGGCUCGUACAUCAUGGGUGUUCAUUCUCGGCACCAAUCCAUUGUUGAAUCUUUGAAUUAUUGUUUAACUUGUAAUUUAGAUACCGAUGAGAAUCUUCACAUACCAUCAAUGAUUCCAUUUUAUCCCAUUCCACCGGCAAAUCUUCGUCAUUUUGUUGGACCGAUCACUCAGUUCACCGAACAAAUAAAAACUGCUCGAUCCUUACAAAACAUGAAUACAUUAGGCCGGUUACGCAUUGACCAACAACGCGAGCUGGAUCGUCAAGAUCGUAUUGCGACAAACUAUCGAAUUAUCGAAAUCUUCCUCGAUUUAAUGGUUGAUCUGUGUGCGGAUACAUUACAGCCGAUCUAUUGGAAGAUCGAUCAUCAACAGAAACCUUCAUCGAACUCUUUACCAAGAACAUCAACGUUGGAAAGAACGAAUCGCAUUUCGAAUCAGACAUCAUUUCGAAAAGAGAAAUACUUAGUGUCGAAAACUGAAGGAGUUGAACAAGAGUUUUACAAACUAUUUCUUGAUAGCACCGCAUUUCAACUUUUUCUUGAAGAAGAAAUCGCAUCGGAAACUUCGACAGAAUUUCAGAAAAUCUCGCAACUACGUUCCCAUACAAAUCAAGACCCAACAUUUCAUUUCAAUACUGAUUCCGGAGACGAACAUGUUCAUUCCACGAUAUCGCUAUUCAAUACAACUAUAGGUCAAUUAUUUCUACCGCUACCAGAUUGGCCAACAGAUGUAACUACACAUUACCUUGACAGUUGUAUAGAAAUACUCACAAUUGAAUUCGACAUCGCACAAGAGGAAUCAUCACAACCAAUGAUAACAUUCUAUGCCUACUUGCGUGGUUGUGCAUUGCUAUCUCGUGGAAGAUUGAUCGAAGGUCUUCAAGACUUAUACCUAAUUGACAAUCCAAAUCUAUUUCCAAAAACGUAUAUCGAAACGGUUAUCGUACCUCAACUUUCCGAAACGAAUAGUCUUGAUCUAUUUCUUCACGAGUCGUUUUACACGCAUUGCCUCGAAUGGAAAAAAAUACAAACGCAAUCAACACAUUCCAACGUGCUAAACAAUAACACCGAUACAUAUAGUAACCCAUCAGGUGACCAUAAUGGUAUUAAUUCUCCGACUGAUGCCAAUUUGGAUUUGUCUCCAAUUCCACCGAAAGAUCAUCUCUCAUUCGAACAAUUUUAUGAGUACAUACAAAGGUUGAGCAUUGUCAACGACAGAGAAAUUGCUAAGAUUAUCUUCGAUGCUUUGCUACAAUCAUCCACUGAAUCAAGAAAGCCAGCGACAGAUACUCUCAAACAUCGUCGUCGAUGGUCGAUAAGUGGUGGUAUCUUCGAUAGAACAAAUGACACACUCAAUAAUUCUCAUCAACCAGCACAAAACAAAACUUCAUUACCAAGCAAACGUUUUGAACAAUUUUCGGACAUUUGGCAACAGACUAAUGCUGAAAAAGCACGCAUGAAUUCUCACUUACCAAAAGAUCGACAAAAAUAUGAAACUACACUCAUAAUAUCAUCAUUUGAUAUUGUUUCGAGAAAAGACGUCAAUGCGAAAUUAAUUCUCACCCAAAGAAGUCUUUAUUCGUUUCAUGAUGCUCAUUCGUCAGCUUGCCUUCUCACCGAAGUAUCGAAUAUCGUUUUCAUCGAAACUUACCAACACAAAGCUUUAUUUACAUCGGCAAAACCAGCUAUUCGAAUAUUCGCAAUGCGUGCAUCUCAGAAACCUUCUUCCGCAUCCGAACAAAAGCCUGAGCCAGUGGUGGUACUUCUCUGUAAAGAUAAUCAAGAACAAAAUUUCUGGUAUAAAAUUCUCCAAGAACUCUGGUUUGCUGUAUUGAUAGCUCAAAAGGAAUGCGAUACAAUUAUUUUACAUAAAGUGUCCAGACACAUCAAUCUCAUCGAUACGUUGGCAUCGAUCGAUUAUAACAAACAAAUCUUACCUGCAAAACUGCUAGAAAAACCAAAGCAAAAUUACCAUCAGAUGAAUUUGGAUAUCACGCUAGAUAAAUUAACAAUCUAUACCCGAAUGUACAACAGCGGUGCUUACAAAACGUUAACUAAUGAAACGCGAAGAGUUCUCCACAAUCGCCUUUCACCUUCGAUGAACGAAAGCGAACAGCAUGCUGUGCGUUGUCUUGUGUUUACAGAAAAUCCCGAUAGCAGAUACUCCAUCUUAUGGUGUGCCUAUGGUGCCAAGUUGAAAAUGUUCAACACAACGACAUGGAUGUGCAACCUAAACGAUAUAUUAUUUCCAUCGAUGAUUAUAUGUAUGUGUCCUGAUGCCUGUGAUAAACUUUGGAUUGGUUGCCUUGGCGGACAGGUCUUUAUUGUGGAUACCAUUCAGAUGAUUUGUGGAACACAGUUAACUUCGAUUCAAGGACGAGGUGGGUGUCAAGCAAUGGCAUUUGAUUCUGUGCAUAAUCGUAUAUUCAUUGCGAAUCGAGAUGGUUUCGUUACAAUCUGGAAUACGCAUAAUCGGCAACAUCUUUUCGAUGUUAAUUUACAAGAUAUUUACAAAAAGACGUAUGGAAUGCAGCAGAAAAUAUACAAAACUGAGGUAUUGUUGAAUCUUCGCAAUCCAAAAGAAGAACCAACUACAAAUACUCAUUCAUCAGUUCGCUCACAAGAAAUCAUUUCAAUAUUUUCCAAUGAAUUGAAAACCAUUCAAAUCUAUGAAGAUCUUCUAUUUGUUUGUUACCGUGAUGAUUAUAUUCUAAUCUUUCGCAUGAUUAAUACAGACACAUAUAUCUACGAAGACGCUGUGUCAAUUAAAUACAGUCAAGAUUCUUCAAUGCCAAUCAAUUCUUUCCUUGUCUACAAUCGUCAAUUAUGGAUAUCGACCGGUUACAUUCUUUAUGUUUUUAACAUAAUUCCUGGAAGCAAGAAAAACUCGUAUCAUUUAAUCAUGAAAAAACAUAUAGAAGACGAUCAUCUUCUAACAAUGUUAGGCUUGACUAAUUACAUAUGGGCAGGAUCAUCACGUGGUAGGAUUUAUACAUUUCGAAUGGAUAACUAUGAGUUGGUGAAGACAUUGGAUGCACAUAAAGACACUGUCUGUUGUCUGUGUUCAAUGUUAGAUAUGUAUAUUAUCAGCGGUUCACAAGAACUUGAUACAUCGAUUGUUAUAUGGGAAAAUGAACAGAUAACAAAUGAGACAUCAGCAACUCAUUUGUGA